AUGGAAGAACAUACAGAGCUUAGUUUGGAAGAAGAAUUUGAAGCACCAGAGGCUACACAUACAGGACCUAAAGGGGUGAUCAACGACUGGAGGAAGUUUAAAUUAGAGAGUAAAGAUAGAGAUGCCCUUCCUCUAAGCAAGAAAGAGAUCCUCAUCAGGCAAAUGUCUUCACCCUAUCGGGCUCACAGUAAAGAUGAUAAAGACACCAGAGAGCGAUUCAGUCGCAAGAUGAGUAUACAGGAGUAUGAGAUAAUUAAUGAUGAUAAAGAAGAUGAAAGCUGCCUACGGAAAUACCGCAAGCGUUGUAUGCUGGACAUGCACGAGCGGUUGAGUUUUGGGCCCAAAUACGGUUGCCUCUUUGAGCUGGAGAAUGGGGAGCAAUUCCUGGAAGCUGUUGAGAAGGAGCGGAAAACCAUAACAGUCAUUGUCCACAUCUAUGAAGAUGGUGUCAAGGGCUGUGAGGCACUCAACGACAGCUUGAUGUGUCUUGCUGCAGAAUACUCCACCGUGAAAUUCUGCAAGAUCAAAGCUUGCAACACGGGGGCCGGAGAUCGUUUCUCCACUGAUGUUCUCCCAACACUUCUUGUGUACAGAGCUGGGGAGCUCGUAAGCAAUUUCAUUAGCGUAACUGACCAAUUUAAUGAAGAGUUUUUUGCUGUAGAUGUAGAGAUGUUUCUGAAUGAGUAUGGGCUACUGCCUGAGAAGGAGAUCCCAGCACUUGGGAAUGGCAACACAGAUGAAAAAGAAGUUGAGUAG